AUGGCCAAUAGUCGAGACAGUCGCCGCUGGAGAGAUGAAUCUCGCCGAUUGCUCCCCAGCCACCAGGGCGACGCGUUGCCUUCCACAAUACCUGCCGCGAAGGUUACGGAAGUAGCACUGCGAUUGCGAUAUUUGAUCGAGGAGUGUGUACCCUGCGAGUUGGAAGAAAGCCUCGUUACGCAUGCGAACAGUCGAAUUAUAACGGUGAAGGUGGUCCAACUUGCUAGGGAGGCUGGAGGAAAUGAGUAUGGUGCAUGCGUGAUAUAUGCGCUGCUGGUCAAUAAAAGAUGGUUCAAGAAACAGGCUCUGUUGGAGCUGUGGGAUUCCGAGCUAUACAAUGUUCGGGCAACAGCAGCUGAAGUCAUUGCGAAGAAGCUAAUCGAAUCCGAAGAUGACCAGGAUUAUCUACUCCACGACAUGCUCCUCAACAGAUACUCAAUCGUUAUUGACGGCGAGCAAACUGCUCCUGCAAAUGUCGUUGAACGAGCCGUGGACCUGCAUGCGCUCCGCGUCACUGGCUCUUCGGGGUACCAAAAAUGCGUCAAGUACCUGUGGCGCGGCUGGCUUGUUCAAGACGAGAAUGAUCCAACAAAAUUCGUCGACUACAAAAAUAGAGAUACCGCCGAGUACUGGACGCAUCUCCAUCCUGAUCGUGUCCGAGCACCCGUAUACCAAAAUGCCCUCCAAAUUUUGUUCUCGCUGAUCUGUCUUGGUCUCUACACUGUUGCUGUCAAUACCGUCAAUCCGACAGGUGAUUUAGAUCUGGUGGAGAUAGUAUUGUACAUCUUCAUAUUUGGGUUCAUAUGUGAUGAAUUUACCAAGUUCUGGAAAGUUGGCCGAGAUUAUGUGGGCUUUUGGAAUGUUUUCAAUCUGAUCCUUUAUGGACUCUUAACGACUAGUUUUGUGACGAGGCUGAUUGCGCUGAGUCACCCGUUGGAAGAUCAUGAUGGGCGGAGGGCGAAGUUCAACGAGCUGAGUUACGAUUUCUUAGCUUUUUCGGCGCCAAUGUUCUGGAUGAGACUUCUUCUCUAUCUAGAGUCGAUACGUUUCUUCGGUGUUAUGUUGGUAGUCUUGAAGGUUAUGAUGAAGGAGUCGCUCAUCUUCUUCGCCCUUCUCACGAUCAUUGUCAUAGGCUUCUUGCAAGGCUUCAUUGGGAUGGAUAACGCCGAUUCUCAGACGGAUGCAACAUGGUUUAUCCUCCAAGCCAUGACCAACGCCCUCCUAGGCUCCCCCGAUUUCAGCGGUUUCGAUAAUUUUGCCCCUCCGUUCGGCAUCAUUCUCUACUAUAUCUUCACAUUCCUGAUUAUGGUCAUUCUCCUGAAUAUCCUGAUCGCUCUGUACAACUCCGCCUACGCCGACAUUACCGAUAACGCCAUUGACGAAUACAUGGCGCUGUUCGCUCAGAAAACGAUGCAAUUCGUGCGCGCACCGGAUGAAAAUGUUUUCAUCGCCCCUCUUAACCUAAUCGAGAUGUUUUUCCUCAUCCUGCCGUUCGAAUGGUGGAUGCCGCGUCGGAUGUACGCAAGGCUCAAUGACUAUGUCAUGGGCGUGAUAUACAGUCCACUUUUAAUAGUUGCCGCAUAUCUUGAGAAGAGGAGCGCGCUAAGCGUGAGGAAGAAUCGAAGACACGGUCAGGAGGACGACGACACUGUGGAGGAAUGGGAGCAGAUGGCUGGAGAUGUGGAUUUUGAGGGCGAGGGUUGGGAUAAGAAGGUUGCGACCGUGAAGCCCGACGUUGAGCAAGAUGCCGCUACGAUUGAAGUUAAGAAGUUGAGGGGGGAGGUGAGUGAGCUAAGGGAGUUAAUUGAGAAGCUGGUCCACAGGGGCGAGCGAUAG